AUGGUACUGCUUAAAGAUGGAUAUGACAUUCCUGUUCAUGGACUGACAAACGGCAUGUUCUACUAUAUCCAGAUUCUGAUUGUCAACGUUGUAGCAAUUAACGUCUUCACAAUGAUGUUCUUCAACAUCAAUAUCUCCUUUGGCAAGUUUGAUGGCGGCCUGCUGCUGUGGGCAUUUGGUGUUCCAUUCAUUGGCUCUUUCAUUGCAGCCAUGUUUAAUCAGUUCGGACCAAUGGAGGUCGCUUGCUUUUUCGACGCUAUAAAUGGCAAGGUGGCACAGUUGGUACUAAUUACGAUCCCCAUAACAGUGAUCAUGGCCGUCAACGUUCUGUUCUACAUCCUGACGUUCAUCAAGAUCCGUACUGAAGUGAGGGCCAUGAAACAAAGCCUUGGCAAUAUGGCGUCAACAGCUGAACACAAGGCCAAAUAUGACGACCAACAAGGCUUCGCGAGUACCACACCCGGCUUCUGCUCCGAGGACCAGUGA